AUGCCAUCACAGAAAGUUCGCUUGUGUUUCCUCGCUGUCUGCAUCUUCUCAGUGACACACCAAGUGGCGUCCAUCAGUGUCGGAGCCUUCAACAUUCAAACUUACGGUGACGCGAAACAGGCGGCGCAGGGCCAAAACAUCGCUCAGGUGCUGACCCAUUACGACAUCGUCCUCAUCCAGGAGGUCCGUGACCAGGACCACUCGGCCCUCAUCAAUCUCAAGAACCUUCUCGGGUCCACCGCCUGGGACUACGUGUCCAGCAAUCCUGUGGGACGUACGGCCAGCUACAAGGAGCAGUAUGUUUUCUUUUACAAGAAGGCUUCCCUGAACGUCCUGGGGAAUUUCCAGUACAACGAUUCCAAGAGUGAUGUGUUUGAGCGUGAGCCGUUCGCCGUGGACAUAGAGUACCCGUCCACGUCACUAGGCCACGCCGUCAAUGUCGUGCUGAUGGGUAUACACACACAGCCCGACAUGGCAUUGGAAGAGUUA